GAUACACGCGAACCUCCGUAACCUAAGUUUUUAAAACGUAUUUACAUGUUACUUGUUGCCGCUCUACCAUUUUCAGUUUACUUGGUUUAAAAUUAUUGUUAAUCACUUGUGUAAAAAUUCAGAAACAUUAAUACACAAUGUCUUUUUCGUUUGGUACACCAAGUACUACAACAGGUACACCUGCACCAGACUCAAAUCCUACCGGCGGUUUUACUUUUGGAGCAAAUUUAGGCGCUGGUGAUGCCAAAGCAGCUCCAACAAAACCUUUGGGUUUUGGUGCUCCACAAACUUCAACUCCUUUACCAACUUUUGGUGGUUUUGGAGCUGCUCCAGCUGCAACACCACAAAGUACAGGCUUCACUAUAGGUGGUACAUCAGCAGCUACAAAUUUAACAAAUACUUCUGGGCUUGGCACAACUCCAAGUACAUUUAAUCUUGGAGCAACACCAGCCAGCACUGGUUCAGCUUUGGGUGGAGCAUCUUCUACUCCUGCUGCAGGAGGGUUUUCUUUGGGAGCUACGCCUACAGCAGCAUCAGCAUUCAAGCUUGGUGGAGCAGCUCCUGCUGCAGCAGCAACUACUGCAACAUCUGCACCUGGUUUUGGAUUGUUGGGAACACCAAAAACUACUAGUACUGCAGCAACAACCACAGCAUCAGUUGGUUUUAGUUUAGGAGGCAGCCUGGCUGCUACCACUGCAACAGCCCCAGCAUUAAAUUUAGGUGGAAGUUUAACUGCAACUACUUCUGCUAGUUCAUUUGGGUUUGGUGCAAGUACAGCUAAAACUACUACAACUGCAACAGUUACACCAACAUUUUCACUGGGUGGUGCUGCUAAAACUACAGCUACAACAGGUUUUUCUUUGACUACACCAGCAUCUACAUCAACAACGGCUCUAACGACCACAACAAGUGCCAUCCCAGCUACGGGAAAUCUCAAUUAUGGUCAACUGGUCGACGCCAUAAAUAAAUGGACGAUCGACUUGGAAGAACAAGGAAAAUUGUUCUCCAAUCAAGCAAAACAAUUGAACGCAUGGGAUCGUCUGCUGGUCUCUAAUGGUGAGAAAGUUUUAUCACUCAACAGCGGCAUUGAACGCGUCAAGCAGCAACAGCAACAACUCGACCAAGAGUUAGAUUUUGUGCUUGCACAACAAAAAGAACUCGAAGAUUUAAUCAAGCCGCUGGAGAAGGAGUUGAAUGAGAUCCCGCUUACGGACGUCGACCGAGUGCAUACUUAUCAGCUUGCCGAAAAUAUGGAUACGCAAUUGAAACAGAUGUCUGAAGAUUUGAAAGAAAUCAUCGAGCAGUUGAACGAGUCGAAUAAGACUCAGGAAAAUUCCAAUCCGAUUACUCAAAUUAGGAAAAUAUUAAACGCUCAUAUGGACUCGUUACAAUGGAUCGACAGACACACAUCGAAAAUUACGGGUCAUCUGGAUCAGAUUUCGAAGAUGCACGACUUACACCGGCAGUCGCAUGAACACAGCCUUAAGAAGACUUAUGACUGAAUCAAGGUAUAAUUUCCAAUAAACUAUUUCUCUUUUCGCCAAUAUAAAUAAAAAUAAUUUUAAAGUU